CGUGUGAUAACGUCACACUACUAUUGUGCUGAAUUAGCAGUUUUGUAAAUAGAGGCGUUGCCCAUCCAACUUUGUCAACAUUCCUCUGCAUGCUGUGAUCUCUAAAUCUAGUGCCUAGGCCUUUAAUACUAUAGGAUGGCUGAGCACAUAGCCCCCCCACCCUACGAUGAGGAGCUGCCAGGCUUUGUGGCCAGUAUAGACACCUACCAACCUAGUGCCCCACCACGAGACUUUGGAACACCUUACGAGCAGCUUGAUGGAGGAGGCAGUCCUACAGUAACUGAAGAGAGACAUGAGCAGACACCAUUGGGACGCAGAGCUCAGAAGACCACUAUUGAUAAGUUUGUCAAUAGUUAUGUGUCGUACAGUGUGGCCAACAACCUAAGAAAGUACAUCAUACCCAAACACGAGGAGCAAGACCCUGAGCUCGAUGUGGAGGCACAGUUUGGUCGAAAUGCAGUACGGACUGCUCAGAUGGCCAUUGCUAAGAAGAAGAGGAUGCAAUGCAUUAAUGGCUGGCUUUGGUGUUUUGGAGUUAUGCUCAUUCCUGUGUAUAUUGCUCUACCAGUCCUAAUGGUCGUUUUCGGAGUGAUUGGUAUUGGAGAGUGCCCAUUCAGAGGUGACACCAUCAUCGUGUAUCUGAUAGGUGGAGGGAUACUCUUGGGCCUAAUGGUCCUCCUGCGUAUAGCCCCUUCACUACUCAGUUGUAUGCGAGCUAGAAACUGGUGCAUGUCUCGAGACUCCACUCGCUCUGCAAAGGGAAUAUGUUCCAUUGAAGCUCUCUUUUAUCUGUUUCUAUUUGUCAAUCUCAUCGUACUUUUUCUUGGAACGUACACCAUUUUCACGGAGGGUAAACCGCCGCCUACAUGUUCUGAUUUUCCAUUACUAGCUCCUAACUGUUGUGAUGCAUUUGUGUAUGUUUCUAGUGCCACUUUUACCAUUUCUCAGUACAUUUUGUAUGUGUUGACUAGUUUGUACUUGUGUUUAGUUCUGUGCUGUAUUAGAAGUAUGAAAAACAAGGUUGGUGCAUAAAUUGUGUUAUUGUUGUGAUAAAUAGGUAAAGAUCGUUAA